AGCAAGAUAAUCAACGAGUGUUUAAAUUAAAUGAGUGUUUUAAUUGAUCGGUGCUCCACCAUCGUUUUUGUACGAACAUGGGGAUGAUUACCGCCUUAAAAAUGUUGACGAAAGUUCCGGAUUAUUGAUGAUGAAGCUAAGAGCGGUUAGAGUUUACCACGUUCAUGCUCAUUCUCGAGGGCCGGAAUCAUUGGAUAUUGUUUUCCACAACUCAUCAGAGGCUAAGGGGACAGGACCACGUACGCCCACGUGGGGGCAUGCUGCCGAUGUGGUGCGAGUCGCGUCCCAUCGCCUUCCCCAUGCGCCAUCAUUGCGCCGCUUGACGUGGCAUGUUCUUGCGUGGCCACGUCGCUCCCUUUGGCCUCCUCUCCCCCUAUAUAAAGGCCUCCACCCCUCUUCUUUGCUCACUUUCCGCGAUCAAGUCUCAGAGCUUUCACCGGUCAAGUUCCUUCUCUUCGCUAUCCAGCCCUCCGAGUCAAGUAAGUUCCCCUUUCCUUCUAUACUUUUCCCGGUCAUGUCUCCCCUUAGCGAUAGGGUCUCUUCCUCAGAGGACUGCUCCUCUGAGAAUUCCAACUCCUCUUCCUCGACCGGGUCUUCUUCUCUGGACUCUUCGCCCGGUCAGGUUCCCCAGUCCUCUAUUCCUGACCCGCAUCCCGUUAAUCAGAUGCCCGGUGAAACCUUCGUGGGGAGGGAUGACCCGGUUGAUGAUGAACCGGGUCCCUAUGAUCCCGAACACGAAACCCGGGAUGCGUGGGAGGCGCGGCUCCAUGCUGCCGGUUACUUUCCACUCCCCACCUUUUACGUUCUUGACAUCCCUUCACGCGUAUCCAAAAUCGCCCUGAACAAAAUUCGUAGGAGGCUCCCAGAUGGGUAUACCCUCCUCUACGAACCCAACUGGCCCAAUAUCGUAGAACCCCACCGGGAGGAUAGGAUAGGGUUCCAUACUAUCUCCUUGGAUGCGGGCAUAGGUUUUCCCCCUCGCCCCCUCCUUACUGAAGUUUGCCACGCGUUUAGGAUUUUGCCCGGCCAAAUAACUCCUAACGCCCACCGGUACCUUCAUUCCUUCGUAAAUAUUUGUACUCAUCUGAAAAUUUUUCCUUCUUUGCGUCUCUUUCUCUUUUGCUUCGAAGUCCUACCGGGCGGAGCUGGCUGCGAAGGUUUUGUAUUCUUCAAAGCCCGCACCGGUAGGAAAUUCAUUUCCGAAGUCCCCCAGAGUAACCGGGGAUGGAAGGAAAAAUUUGUUUUUAUCGAAUUUCCCCCCUUCUUCACUCCUCUUGCCAGUCUGAAGUGGAACGACCAUCUGCUCGACCAAGAGUACGCUGCACCGGCCUCCUCCCCAGACUUGGAAGCCAACCUCGAGAUCCUCAUGCGCGGGGAUCCUCAAACCGGGAGGAUCUUCCAUCAAGGCAGCUGGGUUUGGAGGGUAGAGUCGGGUGGUGAGGGUACCUCCCAGGCUCAGGAAGCAGCGGGGCACGGGGUACCCUCCCCGGGCAACACUGCAGAGGCCGAGGGCCAGAACCACCCAGAGACCGUGGAAAUCCACGAUUUGGACGAGCCGGAGGAUGACCGGUCAAAAGGGAAGGGCAAGGAGAAAACCGGCCGGCGGAUAAAAAAGGUGGCCACCACACACCCAUCCUUCGCCAAGAAGAGGCAAAGAGGGGACUCAGAGCCGGCCGGCCAGUCUAUUGAAGAGGCCUUCAUCAACCUAGGCCUGAGGCUGAAGGAGGCGGGGGAGAUCGGACCCCUUUCAGCUGACCGGCUUGGUUUGGGCUCUUCUUCGGAGUUUGCCCGGCUGAAGAAAGAGAAGGAGGAGAUGGCUCUCAU